AACAGUUCAACAUUGACAUUUACAGUCCCUAAAUUUUAAAAUGAAUUCGACCUUGGGAUUAUGUAGAUUUGUAUUUCCCCGAGUAGGUUUGGUUACAGUAUGGACCUGUAAAUACGUGGUUUUGUCCCUCUCUUAAAAAUCCAGUUACUUCUGUCCAGUACCUUAGCCUAUUGACAUAAGUAUAUAUUCGUUACAGCGGACUGUCACAAGUAAAUUAGUCCCAGGACUGCUUUUCUUGAUGUUCAACUGUCUUUGGGAGUAUGUUCAAAAAUCAGGUUGCUAUCUACUACUACUACCAACGUAAUUACAAAUGCUGAUUUGGAUGUUCCAGCUGGAUCCAAGCACUUUUUGAACUUGGGGUUUCAUAAAGAAUUUCCAAGAGCUUGCUAUGGUGGCCGUCAUACUGUUGCGAUGCUUUUGGGGGAUGGUGUUGGUCCUGAACUCUUAUCUUAUGUCAAAGAGGUUUUCCAGCUUAUUGGAGCACCAAUAGACUUUGAAGAAGUCGCUGUGAAUCAAGAGUGCGAAGAUGCAACUUUUACUGAUGCCUUACUUGCUAUGAAACGCAAUGGUGUAGGGAUCAAAGGGAAUUUUGCUACAGAACCAGGUCAGUCAUCUAGAAAUCUUGCUCUUCGUCUGAAAUUAAAUCUAUACGCCUUUGUUCAACGAUGUCAUAACUUUCCUGGUGUGACUACGCGUCAUCAAAAUGUUGAUAUUGUUAUAAUACGUGAAAAUACCGAAGGUGAAUACAGUCGUUUGGAGCAUGAAAAUGUUCCUGGAGUAGUUGAAUCCUUGAAAAUUAUAACAAGAGAGAAAUCUACAAGAAUUGCACAAUUUGCAUUUGACUAUGCUGUUCGACAUAAUCGUAAAAAGGUCACUGCUGUACACAAAGCAAAUAUUAUGAAGUUAGGUGAUGGUCUGUUCUUAGAAGUAUGCUCGAAUAUGGCUAAAAAAUAUCCACAGAUUGAAUUCAAUCAUAUGAUUAUUGACAAUACGUGUAUGCAGUUGGUCAGUAAACCACAACAAUUCGAUGUGAUUGUUUUACCAAAUCUCUACGGGAAUAUAGUUGGCAAUGUGGCGGCUGGUUUAGUCGGCGGAGCUGGUCUCACAACCGGUAUUAAUUUAGGCCCACAGAAUGCCCUAUUCGAAAUGGGUACACGUAAUUCUGGACGUUCGUUAGCAGGGAAAAAUAUUGCCAAUCCAUGUGGUAUGCUUCUUACAUCGGCAGAUAUGUUAGACUAUUUAGAUCAUUCACGAGAAGCUGAUCUAAUUCGUGAAGCAGUUGUUUACGUGAUUGGCGAACAGCGAAUUCGUACAGCUGAUUUAGGUGGUGACAGUAAGACAAGCAAAGUGAUUGAAGCAGUCUUGAAAAGACUUAAAAGUCGAUUAGCGAUGGGAUGAUAUAUCAAAAGAAAAAUGUAGAAAGAGAGAGAACAAAAACACUAGAAUAUUCAAAUUUAGUCUCCAUAUGUUGUGGUUUUGUAUACAGCACUAACCACUACUACUGUCUCUUGUUUUCAAGGGACUGUUUUUUUGCCUAUCCCUUUUGUUCAUAUCAUCUAUUGAAUGAAUAGUGGUGGUAACUGCAGUCUUAGUGGUAUAGUAAAUUCGAACAUGUAUUAUUAUUAACUAUAUUUUAUUAAUACUUAGAAAAUAUACGCAUGAAUUCAAUAUAUUUUCAAAA